AUGUGCGACUUUGACGAGUUCAUCUUCACCUGCGGACACUCCGUGUUCCGGCUAAAGUGCUACUGCCACUACGCCCGCAACCACCCCUUCCACCAAUGCCGCAGGGUCAAGAAGCUGAGGUCUUGCUGGGAUCAAGGCCGCGACUGUGACGCCUGCGCCGAA